AUGACCGGCGCCAAUGACGCUGGGAGCGGCCAGAAACCGCCGCGGGCGCAGCGGCGCCGACACCGCCGGCGCCGACCAAAGGCUGCCCGGACCCAACCCAGGCCCGAGGAAGAGCGUGCCAGCCCCGAGGUCGACGUGCUAGCGGCAAAGGCGGUGGCUGUCGAUGGACCGCUGGCGGACGAGCUGGCCGCUUUGGGCAAGCAAUACUCCUCGUCCGCCGCCGCCAAGGCUCAUCUCGAUGCAGACCAUCCCAUUCUGGCCGCCAAGUACUACGCGUCCAAGUACCACGUCCCCCAGCUGACUUCGGCCGUCGAGGAGUUGGAGGCAAACAACACCUUCCAGCCGAAGAUCUCCGACAUGUCCGCCGUCCUGGCCGCCGAGCGCCGCCAGUCUCCGCCGCGCUCAAGGGCCAACGCCGCCGUCCGCGACGCCCUCGCCCACGCCACGUUGAACAACUGCUCGUUCUCGCCAGAGAUCAACCCGAGGUCGCAGGACAUUGCCGCCGACGCCGACGCCCUGGCCGGAAAAGACAAGUACCGCGGCGCUGCUCGGACAACCCUCAUGUAUCAGCUCGGCCAAGAGUGGGCCGACCGUCGCGCCGCCCUCGAGGCCACCGUCAAGCGCGACGCCCGUGAGGCCGCCCGCCGCGCCACUCCGCAGACAAACCGCCGCAAGGCCGACGACGACCAUCGCGACUUUCUUGAGCGGAGUCGUGCAUGGGCCGCCGCCAAGGAGGACGCCCGCAUCCAGCGCCGCCGUAAGGCGCUGAACGACGCCGCCAAGGCCGACGCUGACCUCUGCACCUUUCGGCCCGCCAUCAACCGCAUCGUCCCGCCCGCCAUCCAUGCUUCUGCCGGGCCAGACAUCAUGCGCGUCUCGGGCGCCGCUCAGUUCCUCCACCGCUACUCCAAAGCUCGCGAACAGGCCAAACUCCGUGCCAAAGCCGUCACCAACCCAAGCAGGACCCCGGUUGGCAAGCUGACCCCCGAGGCCCGCGCCCGUCGCCGACGCUGGCGCGCCGCCGAGGCCCGCAGACGCCGCGCCAUCCGCAGACCCGUCGGCUACCGCCCGCUGUUGAGCGGCGCCGGCGCCGAGCAUGCCACCCCUGACCCGCCUCCUUCCACUGUCGAGUUCUCUCACCACGACUCGGUCAUCGACCGCCUGUACUCGUACGACUCCGACUCCUCGUCAUCCAUCGACCACCAGGUCCCUGAAGCCGCCGAAGCCGCCGAAGCCACCGACCUCUUUCGUUUCCGCGACGCCUACCAGGUCGAGCACCGCGAUGGCACCACCACGGAAGACCGCCGCUGUGGCUGA